CUACCUUGUGCCCGCGGGCACCACGUUGGAGACCCCUGCACUAGACCAUCUCCUCUAUACCUAUUCAUGUCGAUUAAUUUCGAUUCAUAUUUUGUCAUUGUUUACUUGAUAAAAUAUGUCAAGUCACAUCCCCCCCAAAAACAGAAUGAUAGUGAACACUGGGAGAUACACGUAUGUGCAAUGUGACUGAAUUAGUUGACAAGGUGAUACCAAAACGAGGAAGUUUGUGGGGUGUCAUGUGCGAAACCAUCCUGGGUACACCGUCACACGCGCAGCUUUAUUGGAUGGAGCGCGUUUAGCUAGCGUUAGCUCGACGGAGAAGUCUAGCAUGGAAGCCUCAACGCGACGUUGUAAUGGAUGAAUACAAAGUUUCUUCCCUCCCCCAAAAAACCGAUGUAGGACACGCACAACACGCCUCGUUUCGUGGCGAGUUUAACACGGUGCGAACGGAAAGCUAGCGACAGGCCGCAAAUGGAGCCCGAAACCUCGCGUAAAAGUCCGGCCGACGCGGGGUGCUCCAAACGGCCCGACUUGAGGGAGGAGACGCCGGGGGAAGAAGCUAAAGGCGUAGACGUGAGCACAGUGGUGUUGAGGCGAAAAGGGGGAGACGAAGCAGUCAAAUGUAACGAUGUGAAAUCUGAGCGUGGGGGUGGCGAGGAAACUGAGUAUCAGCUGAAAAGCGGAGACGAAGAGGAUGCUGGCAAACAUGAGGAGGAGCUGGACCCAAGAAUUCAGGAGGAACUCGAGCAGCUCAACCAGGCCAGCGAGGAGAUCAACAAACUGGAGCUUAGUUUGGAUGAUGCCAGGUCCAGCUACAGGAAAAUUCUCACCGAUUCUGCCAGGAAGCUGAAUGCUCAGGGCUCCCAACUCGGUUCCUGUAUUGAGAAAGCCAGGCCUUACUAUGAAGCCCGCAGACUGGCCAAAGAGGCACAACAGGAAACCCAGAAAGCUGCUCUAAGGUACGAGAGGGCUGUGUCCAUGCACACUGCCGCCAGAGAGAUGGUGUAUGUGGCGGAACAAGGCCUGCUGGCUGACAGGAACACCAUGGAUCCAACCUGGCAGGAGAUGCUCAACCACGCUACUGCGAAGGUGAAUGAGGCUGAGGAAGAGCGCUUUCGCAGUGAGCAUGAGCACCAGCGGGUCACCCAGCUAUGUCAGGACGCUGAGGCUAAAGUCCAAACGCUCCAAAAAUCACUGAAGAAGGUCAUACUCAAGUCCAAACCCUACUUUGAACUGAAGGCUCAGUUCAACCACAUACUCGAGGAACACAAGGCCAAAGUAGUACAACUGGAGGAGCAAGUCGCAAAAGUCAAAACGCGUUAUUCGGUGGCUCUGCGGAACCUGGAGCAGAUAAGUGAGCAGAUCCAUGCACAGCGAGGCUACGUCUGCGCAACCGGGGGCCGGCGAGCUACGCGUGGUGGCCGUAGCUCCCCAGUUGGUGCCGAGGCGGAGACCGGAGUUGCAGUGAGGGUUCCGAUCGGUAGCUUUGUAGGAAUGGCUAAGGCAGAAAGUGCCUGGGUAGAUGGUGAGAGAACGCGGCUGUGGGUGGAGAAGCACCGGCGGAAUGGCUGGGGCAAGAGAGAGGAGGCGGAAGCGUUUCACACCGGUUCGGACCGUAUGUCCAUCAUCAGCCUCCAGACCAUCGCUUCUGACCUGGAAAAAUGUGAUUCGGUAGAACAUUUGAGCGACUUUAGCGAUGGCAGGAGCGCGCUGGAUGAGGAGUGGGACUGGAAUCGCAAGACUCCGCUCAGGCCCAGCAAAGAGGCAGAAGUUGCUCUCAGACCCCAGCGGGCCAAAGCGCGGCAGCAGAACGAAACGGGUAGUCAAGAGAAGCAGGACAGCUUUGUCAAGCAGCACCACAGAAGCGUGAGUCUCUAAUGUGUGGAGAAAGCCAGGAAAGGUGCUGAAUAUUUUGGACAUGUUUAUUUAAUUCGUCUGUCGUACUCGUCGUUUAUUGAUUUAUU